AUGCCUUCUGAGCAGCGUCCCCUCGACAUCACCUGCCCUCUCAUCACUGGCGGCGCAGGCGGAAUCGGCAAAGCCCUCGCCACAUUCUUCCUCUCCCAAGACCAAAAACUCAUCAUUGCCAGCCGCACCGAGUCCAACCUCAAGGCAGCGUGCGACAAAUCGGGGCGACGGCCGACUUAUACCCUGGAUACGAGCGACACGUCCUCCAUCCCCUCCAUCGCGAAACGUCUCUCGAAGCCCGCGGCAGCAGUCAUCAACGUCAGCAGCGUGCUCGGUUUCAUAUCCCUCUCGGCCAUCAACCCCCUCUCCAGCGGCACCAAGGCGUGGCUGCACUUUUAG